ACCAGCACCAAUUCGCCUAGACAACCGUUGCCGGUUGCACCAAGUUUGACACUGGCAGUAAAUAGUGCUGGCACAUCAACGCUAAGGUAACUUAGCUUACAUGCCACCUCACUGACCUUUCUGCCGAGUGCGCUUCCCCUGUCAGUUAAACCUUACCAUCUCAGAACCGCGAAAUCCCCCACACAACCAUGGCUCCAGCACCUUGGGACGGGCUCCCAAGCCAGGACACCUUGUUCGUCUUGGUAACUGGCGGCAACAGUGGCAUUGGCUUUGGCAUAGGCGAGCGUCUCAUUGACGAAUAUAUCACAAAACGAUCCCUGUCGUCGCACCUCAUUGUGAUACCUACCACACGGAGUACCAAGAAGUCCCAGGAAACCAUCGACGGCCUCCGAAAGCACACAAAAGAGUUCGCCGCUACGUCCAAGGCGCUACGGUCACGAGCCGGGCCAGGCUACGACCCAAAGCAGACCACUCGCCGAGUUCAUAUCCUCAGUGUCCAGGUUGACCUGUGCAACUUACCCAGCAUCCGCCGCGCUGCGAAUCAGCUCCUCUCCGGCACGCUCACCAGCCUCAGCGACGAUGACCACUUCGAGUCACUAGUCGACGUGAAGAUCCCACGCCUGGACGCGGUAAUAUUCAACGCCGGCAUUGGAGGAUGGGACGGGCUCGACUGGCCCAAGGCCUUCCACAAUAUUCUUACCAGAGGCCUCGUCAGCGCCACAACAUGGCCUACGUUCAAGGCGGCCAAGGGGGGCCACCUCAUCGACCCUCUGCAAGGCACCAAAGGGAGCAGUAGUUCCAACAACCCGCAGAUGGGCGAGGUGUUUUGCGCCAACGUGUUCGGGCACUACCUGUUUGCGCACUGGCUCGUGCCCCUCCUCAGUCGGCCGAGCAGCAGCACCCUGCCGCCGAGCCGCAUCAUCUGGGAGACGAGCGUCGAGCCAGACUGGCCGUGCCUAUCCCUGGACGACUUCCAGGCCGUCAAGAGCAAGGCUGCGUACGAGUCCACGAAGCGACUGACGGACGUCUUGGCCCUGACGGCGUCUCUCCCGUCCUCGAGGCCGUUUGUCGACCGAUACCUCGGCAUCACGCCGGCGCCACGGGACAAGAACAAGGGCCAGGCAGCAACCGGCGGCUCUUCGCAGCCGGCCACCACCCCGCCUAAAAUUUACUUAGUCCACCCAGGCGUCGUUCAGACCACCCUCUUCCCCCUCAAUGCCUUCAUGCACUUUUGGUACAUGGUCGUCCUGUACAUCGCCCGCUGGCUCGGCUCCCCCUGGCACCCCAUCACCAGCUACAAAGGUGCAUGUGCGCCGGUAUGGAUGGCGCUGCAGGAGCAGUCAUGGCUGGACGCGGUGCACGCCGAGCGCAUCAAGUGGGGGAGCAGCACCAACAUCAAGGGAGAGUGCCGGGUCAAAAAGACAGAGGUGGACGGCUGGGGCUGGGAGGGCAAGGUGGAGGAGAUGAUGGCGCUAAAGCAGCAGGGGAAGCUGUCUGGGCGGAAAUGGAGCGCCGUCGACGUCACCGAGGAGAAGCUGAUCGAGUUUAAGGAACUCGGCGCGACUUGCUGGCAGAAGAUGGAAGAAUUGAGGGAGGAGUGGGAAGCAAGGCUCGACGCUGCCGAGGCCGGCAGGUCCUGAAGGCAAUGCGUCUACCAUUAUGAUACUAAUUGCGAUGUCCUAGAACGCCGGAGAUGGUGCGAGAUACGACGCAUAUGCGGUAAAAAAUCUCCCUCAAAGCAGCGUAGCUAAUCAUUAAUACAAUAUACCCACUACAAGCCAAGAU